UUUCUUCAAAAAAUGUUUGUCCACAACUUUCCUUCCUCAACUUUAUCGCUGUGUAUCUCUGGUAUCGCUGUGUUUCUGUGUUUCUGGCUCUCUCAGACGGCAUCAUCAACCCGACGCUCUGGGUGGGAACAAGCCUUGGCAGUGUGAUACAGAUAACAUUACUAUUACCGCCCGUGGACAUAAGGGCGACCACUCCUGCCUCGGUCCAUCCCAGUGGCACCAUUUUCCGAGUGAAGGGGUCCGUGCUCACCAUGUCCUUCCUGGAUUGCAAUGGUGCUCUCAUUCCUCACCAAUUUGAGAGCUGGAAAGAUGCACAGAGGGAGAGAAAGAUUGACCGGACGCCCCCGAAGGCAGGCAUGAGCGCCGGGACAGACUCAAGGAUGUCCCCUACCAAUUCCGGGGCGGGCGGGGCUGGCGACACGGAGGGGGCGCAGACUCCCCCUCCAAACUCGUGGACUGAGAGGCAGUUCGUGGUGAUCGCCUCAGAGAAGGUUGCGCGGGUGGUGUCGCUGCCCACCCAGAAUUGUGUGUUUAAGCAAAUUUUGACCGACGUGUCCUUUGUCGUAAAGGCGGAUGUCGUCACUAUCAAAGAUAGUAUAUCGCUGGUUUGCUACAUUGCGUCGGGUCACAUCUCCAUUUUCAGCCUUCCCAGUCUGCGCCAGUUAAUAUAUGUGGACUUUCUGCCGCUCGUGGACUUCAGCUUUCAGAUGUGCAAAAGAGGUAUAAUAGACCCAAUGCUUUCAAUAUGGGGACAGCAAAUGUUUACCAACCAAGAUACACUCCAGAUCGCCCGGACGUUCUGCUUCACCCACCGCGGCCACGGUCUCUACUUGUGCUCACCAUCAGAAGUCCAGAAGUUCACCAUUUCGGCUGAUUUUUGCAAUGAGCUUCAGGAGCUGUUGGGCAACCUUUUCCUGCCCACGGACAUGCCGGAAGCCCCCAAACAGAGCUUCUUCAGGGGGCUGUUUGGAGGGGGCAUCAGCCAGCUGGACCGAGAGGAGCUUUUCGGCGAGUCCUCGGGCAAGCCAUCGCGCACGUUAGCGAAGCACGUGGUGGCGCCCAACACCCCGGACGCCGCAGCGCUCUCGGCCCGGGCUGGCGCGGCGACCUCGGACAUUGGGCGCGCUAAGAUGGCGGCGAUCGAGCGAGGACAGAAGCUUGGCGAUCUGGAGGAGAGAACGCAGAGAAUGAUGAUGGAGAGUGAGACCUUCGCUUCCCAGGCACACUCGCUCAUGAUGAAGUACAGGGACAAGAAGUGGUACCAGCUCUAAAAGGGAUGUGAAGAAAGUCAAAACGUGCGUGAGAGGAGGACAGAAACGCAGGGAUCGGAAGUGGCAGUAGCAGUAAAAAGGGAUGUGAAGAAAGUCAAAACGUGCGUGAGAGGAGGACAGAAACGCAGGGAUUGGAAGUGGCAGUAGCAGUAAAAAGGGAUGUGAAGAAAGUCAAAACGUGCGUGAGAGGAAGGCAGAAACGCAGGGAUUGGAAGUGGCAGUAGCGGUAGAAAGGGAUGUGAAGGAAGUCAAAACGUGCGUGAGAGGAGGCAGAAACGCAGGGAUCGGAAGUGGCAGUAGCGGUAGAAAGGGAUGUGAAGAAAGUCAAAACGUGCGUGAGAGGAGGACAGAAACGCAGGGAUUGGAAGUGGCAGUAGCAGUAAAAAGGGAUGUGAAGAAAGUCAAAACGUGCGUGAGAGGAAGGCAGAAACGCAGGGAUUGGAAGUGGCAGUAGCGGUAGAAAGGGAUGUGAAGGAAGUCAAAACGUGCGUGAGAGGAGGGCAGAAACGCAGGGAUCGGAAGUGGCAGUAGCAGUAAAAAGGGAUGUGAAGAAAGUCAAAACGUGCGUGAGAGAGAGAGAGAGAGAGAGAGAGAAGAAUUUUGGUAGUAAGAAUAGUGGUAGUAGUGGUAGUAGAAAGUUCAGAACAGUGUUAACAGUUGUGGUAGUCAGAAUAGUGGUAGUAGUGGCCAGAAUUGUGGUUAAAUUAAUUCUCUCUCUCUCUCUCUCUCUAGAAUGUUUAUAGAUUGUGGUUACGAGCGAGAGAGAGAGAGCAGAAUAUUGAUAAUUACGAUUGUGGUAGUUGUGGUGACUCAAAAUGUUGGUUGUUAUAAGGUUGUGAUGAUGGUGGUGGUGGUGGUAGAAUAGUUGUAGUUUUAGCUGUGGUUAGGAGACAAAAUGUUGGUUGCUGGUUAAGAAAUGUUUAUUGAAGCGCUGGGAAGGUUGUGAUGGUUGUGAUUGUGGUAGUUUGUAAGACUAA